AUGAGUGUUGCGUUUCGGAAUCUGAGUGUUCACGCAUUCGGCCGACGAACGGACUACCAACGCACUGUCGCAAACUUUCUCAGUGCAUCUGUUGCAAAUUGGGUCACCAAAAACCCAAAAUAUCGGAUCGACAUCCUCCAUGAACUUGACGGGGUUGUACCGAGCGGAGAAAUGCUACUAGUUCUCGGAAAUCCAGGGAGUGGAUGCACCACUAUGCUGAAGUCUCUAGCAGGACAGACAUACGAUGUUUGCAUAGAUGAAGAGGCGGCUAUCAACUACCAAGGCUUGUCAUCGAAGCAAAUGUUUACUGAGUUUCGAGGAAAAGGGACGUAUCAAGCUGAAUUUGAUAUCCACUUUCCUUCCUUAACUAUGCGAGAGACUCUUGAAUUUGCCUACAGAGCAAGAAGACCUCCCAAGUACUGGGAUGUGACCCAAGCUACCGUCGAGAGCGAUGUUCGCGCUUUAGGUUUGUCUAAAGCCCUUGAUACUAAGAUGGGGAAUGCAUAUGUUCCUGGAGUUAGUGGAGGAGAACGCAAAAGAACCAGUAUCGCGGAAAUCCUCCUGGGGGAUAGUGUCUUCCAAUGUUGGGAUAAUAGCACACGAGGGCUAGACAGCGCCAAUGCUCGUGACUUCGUCAAAGCCCUACGACGGCGUACUACAGAGAACCGCUCCGUUGCUAUUGUGACAUUAUAUCAAGCAGGCGAAGAGAUAUAUGAUCUUUUCGAUAAAGUGACGGUAUUGUAUGAAGGACGGCAGAUCUAUUUUGGACCUACGAAAGAUGCUAGGAAAUAUUUCACCGACAUGGGAUAUAUUCCCCCAGAGAGAUCCACUACCCCUGAAUUCCUCACGUCUGUUACGAGACCGCUCGAUCUGCGCCCUCAAACAAGGGAUGCUAUCGGAUGGCUACCAAGAACCGCAGAGGACUUUGAGCAGAGAUGGAAGACAUCGCAUCAGUACAAAGCAUUGAUUAACGAGAUUGAUACUUAUAACGCCAUUUACCCUCUCGGGGACGAGAAGAAUCUCCGAGCAAUGCGGAGGGAACUGAAAGGAUUCGAAGAGCGAAGGUAA